GAAGAAAAAAAAAACAGACUUCGCGUUUAUCGCUGGCUAAUUUGCGAGACGUGGUGCCGGUAAUAUUUAAUAGAAAAAUAAAGCUCGUUAAAUAUUCGUGUUCCGUUCAUGACGAAAUAUCGCACUGAACUGGACUUUUGGCUGUAACAGAAAACGAGCGACCGAAUCUGAAAAUACUGCGGAAAAGCUAAUAAAAUAGGACAGCAGACAGGCUUUUCAAGUUACUAGCUUGUCAUAGGCAACAAGGAGAAAUUUAGCGGGCAACUCAUUUAGCGGCUAGUUAUGUCCUUUCGCCGACAGAACCAACCUGGACCCGGUGGCCGCAAAACAUCCAAUGGAACUUCAGGAUCAAUGGCUUCGUCAGUUUCGGGGAAUAACACUAACAGACCCGCCCCGGGAAGAAACAGAAAUUCUGUGAAGACUCCCUCACCGUCACCAUCUGUAUUUGAGGGUGUGUACAACAACUCCCGGAUGCUUCAUUUUCUCACAGCUGUGGUGGGCUCCAGAUGUGACGUUAUGGUGAAGAAUGGCAGUGUAUAUGAGGGAAUCUUCAAGACUUUAAGCUCGCGAUGUGAACUGGCAGUGGAUGCAGUACACAAGUUGAAAAAUGAUGAGGGGGAUUGGGGGGGUGGUGGUGGUGGCACACCUGUCCAUCCCAGGAGAGAAGAGAUCACAGACACCAUGAUCUUUGGCCCUAUUGACUUGGUCACCAUGACCUGUAGAGAUGUGGACCUCAACUAUGCCACGCGAGACACUUUCACAGACUCUGCAAUCGGCUCAUCACGUGUAAAUGGUGACCAUAGAGAUAAGGUCCUUAAAAGGUGGGAUGGAGGUGAUGGUAACGGAGAAAAUUUUGACCUAGAGGCAGAUGCAUCAAAUGGUUGGGAUGCCAGCGAGAUGUUUCGCUUUAAUGAAGAGACCUAUGGGGUGAAGUCCACCUAUGACUCCAGUCUCUCCAUGUACACGGUUCCUCUAGAGCGGGUCAGCACAGAGGGCUUCAGGCAGCGAGAGGCUCGAGCUGCUCGGUUGGCCAAUGAGAUUGAGGCCAGUUCACAGUACCGGCACAGGGUGUCACUGGAGAAUGAUGAGGGAAGAACUGAGGAGGACAGAUACAGCGCUGUGGUGCGGGACAAGGAACGGGAUGCAGGAGAAAGAGAGAGGGGAAGAGACAGCCCUGGAUUCUCCAGCGCUGGGAGCAGGGAAGGCAAAUACGUUCCUCUGCCUCAGCGGGCAAGGGAAAGAGAAAUGGGAGUUUCUGGAAGAGGUGAAAGAGGUGGAGCUGUAUCCACCCUGCCCAAUCGAACAAAUAGACCUGGUCCUUCAAGCUCCUCCCCCAGACCCCUCUCCUCGGGCAGUGGUCAGCCCAUUUCUCCCACAGAUAGGAGCAGCCCUCUAUCUGUCAGAGGAUAUUCGACACACCAGUCCCAGAGCAGCCCACCUACACAGCCUCGCCCCUCAGAGCCUGGUCACUCCAGCCCCCCUUCCCCACACACACUCCCACAUUCGCUCUCACACCCACAGUCUCUCUCUGAUUCGGCACGGCCUGUCAAUGGAGUGUCAUCCCGAAUGUCACCCAAGUCUCAGAGACCUGGACUGAGCAACAGAAACCUGCGUGCCUCAAACUCGCACUCCUCUACAGUCUCUCGUUCCCCUAAACCAGACGCUCCUUCCCAGGACCAUUCUGCCUACCUGGAUACCUCUUCAGUUACCACGGUGACUCCCAAACUCAGUGGCCCCACACCUUUGUUCCCUGUAGAUGUGAAUGAAAUCCUGUCUAAGGAAAGGACAGAGAAUCCAGCUAGUCCUCAGGAGGGCAAAAACAGCAAAGUCUCUUCAGUCCAGCAAAGAUCGCAAAAUCUUGAGGAUCUUCGUAAGUUUUAUAAAGAUUUUAGGCUUCCAUCUAGCUCCACUCCCUCCAGCCUCAACACUUCAAACACACCCACAGACUCUGCCCAGCCAAACCCCGCCCACAACACACAAACAGACCUUGCUGUUACUACAGAAUCUAAACCUGCCAUGGCCACAACCCCAGCCUCAGCAGAGCUUCCAGCAGUGGAGAGAAGUAGAGAGAUAAAUGCAGAAGGGGUGGUAACCACCACCCCUCCACCAGCCACAUCCAUCUCUGCACCCUCUGCCCUCUGUGGCCCUGCCAUGCAAAAUCCAACUACGGAAGGGCAAUCGGCAGGGACACCCCAGCCUGCGAGGACCCCAGGCAGUGAGGAGGGCAAGCCAGAGACUGCUGAGAGAUCAGAGGGCGAGACUGAUCAAGUGAAGAAAUCUACACUAAACCCCAAUGCCAAAGAGUUCAACCCCAUCAAGGCCCCUCUCAGCAUGGUGAAGCCCUCAGCCACUCCCACCCCACCACGGCCGACCCCGCCCAGCCCCACAGUGGUGCUACAGCCUCCACCAAGCCAGGGAGCCAUUUACACCCAGUACCUUAGCUACGUCUCGCCUAUCCAGAUACAGGGUCACUCUGUACAGGCACCUCAGAUGUACCCGUAUCCCAUGACAACUGUUAGUCAAGGGAAGUACCCAAGAGCUAAAGGUUCAGUGGUGACCCCUCGUCCAGACCACAGUUCUUCAGCACCCCCUAUGAUGCAGGCUGCUGCGUCAGCAGCAGGACCACCUCUGGUGGCCUCUCCAUACCCUCCCUCAUAUCUGCAGUAUAACCAGGUCAUACAAGCCAUGCCCCACUACCAUGGACAGAUGUACUCCAUGCUCCAGGCUGGACCACGGAUGUUGGGAUCAGGAGGGCACCCACAGGCACUGGGUCCCCCUGGCCCCCAGUAUCCUGGCCAGACUGAGGGACCACCAGGACCUCAGCAGGGAAUGUAUGCUCCACAGCCAUUCUCUCAUCACUCUGGUUCCAUGCAUCACCCUCAGCCCUCCAGCACCCCUACAGGCAGCCAGCCACCCCCUCAGCACCCUGCCCCCAGUUCAGGACCGUCCGGUCAAUCUGGUCCUCAGCCUCAGUCUCUGUAUCACUCUGGACCGCUGUCAGCCCCUACGCCCCCUGGACACAGCUCCCCACAAGCCACCUACUCCCUUCAGGGCUACAGCCUGCCUGGACACCAACCCCUGCCUCUCCCUUACUCCUCCCUAGGACAGCUCACACAGGCUCAUGUUUCAGGUGCUCUCUCGGGUCCUCACCACUCUGGAGGUCAUGGCCCACCGCAAGUGAUGCUGCUCCAUGCCCCGCCUCACCAGCAGGGCUCUGGCCCCCAGCACGGACCUCCCCCAUCCCAACAGGGAACCCACCAGCACUACACCUACAUUGGACCACCUCAGGUCCCGGUGCAGGGUCACCCUCCCCAGCAGAUUCCAUUCCACCCUCCUGGAAACUGACAGUGACUUGGAGACUGAAACAGAGCUAGACAGAGAGCACCCCGAUCUGAACACUCGGUAGUGUGCGUGUGAUCACACUCUCAUUUGUACAUACUCGCCACCUGCUUCAAGAAUGGGGGAAAAAAGGUUUUGUUUUUAUUCAUACCUCAAGCACAUUCAGUCUUGCCAGUUUUAUUUUUUCAUUUACUUUUAAUUUGAGUGGAUGGGGACACACCGUGUCUAAAGCAGAAAGAGGGAAUGAGUGAGCGUGUGAGACAAUGGAAAGAAUGAGGGACAUUUUUAUAAAAAUACUAUGUCCUCAACCCCCUUUUUAAAUAAGUAAAUAAAUAAACUGUUAAAGAACCAAAAAAAUCCAUAAAAGUGUAUAAAAAUAAAUUUUUUAACUCUU